GAGGCAAUAACGAACCAGUGCAUUGAUUGGUCGUCUCAGCUGCAAAUCACCUUCCAAGUGGCCUCGCAGGAGAUUCAGCUGCUGUCGAGCCUGGUGACUGUGUUCUACUUUGGGAAGCAAGGAGACGCCAGACUAGACGAGCCCACGUUCCGAGACUACAUCAACCAGACGCACUUCUCCCGCCCCUUCGCCUCCAACGUUGGCUUUGCUCCCUUCCUCACCACCUCCCAACGGCCCGACUUCGAAGCACUCAUGCGGCGGAAACAAGAGCAGCAACAGCAGCUGCAGCAGCAGCAGCAGAAGCAGGAGGUUUUUAGCAAUGUCUUCCAACCCCUUCCCGUUGUCUUACAACCCCUUCCCGUUGUCUUACAACCCCUUCCCGUUGUCUUACAACCCCUUCCCGUUGUCUUCCAACCCCCCGUUGUCUUCCAACCCCUUCCCGUUGUCUUCCAACCCCUUCCCGCUGUCUUCCAACCCUUUCCCGUUGUCUUCCAACCCCUUCCCGUUGUCUUCCAACCCCUUCCCGUUGUCUUCCAACCCCUUCCCGUUGUCUUACAACCCCCCGUAGUCUUCCAACCCCUUCCCGUUGUCUUCCAACCCCUUCCCAUUGUCUUCCAACCCCUUCCCGUUGUCUUCCAACCCCUUCCCGUUGUAGCUGCCUCCUGCUUUGACCUUUUUUUGCUUCCCUCUUCUCCAUGCCCCUCCAUACCCAUCCAUACCCUUCCAUACCCCUCCCUUCCCAUCCCAUACCCCCCACAGCGCCCCCAAUGCUUCCUGCAUGCCGCAGCAGCCACUCUACGCGCCGUUGCUCAGCACCGACUGCUACGUUCCCAUGCCCAACCAGUCCUCUGCUCCUCCCCUCUUCAUACACCUCUAUACCACCCCAUACAUUUCUUCAUGCGUUGCUUCCCUGCUUCUUUUUCUCCUCGGCCCACGCCCGGCCAGUCCUUUCUGGGGCUCGACAUGCUCUUCAGUGAGUGCCACAUGCUCUUCAGUGAGUGCCACAUGCUCUUCAGUGAGUGCCACAUGCUCUUCAGUGAGUGCCACAUGCUCUUCAGUGAGUGCCACAUGCUCUCCAGUGAGUGCCACAUGCUCUUCAGUGAGUGCCACAUGCUCUUCAGUGAGUGCCACAUGCUCUUCAGUGAGUGCCACAUGCUCUCCAGUGAGUGCCACAUGCUCUUCAGUGAGUGCCACAUGCUCUCCAGUGAGUGCCACAUGCUCUUCAGUGAGUGCCACAUGCUCUCCAGUGAGUGCCACAUGCUCUUCAGUGAGUGCCACAUGCUCUUCAGUGAGUGCCACAUGCUCUUCAGUGAGUGCCACAUGCUCUCCAGUGAGUGCCACAUGCUCUUCAGUGAGUGCCACAUGCUCUCCAGUGAGUGCCACAUGCUCUUCAGUGAGUGCCACAUGCUCUCCAGUGAGUGCCACAUGCUCUUCAGUGAGUGCCACAUGCUCUCCAGUGAGUGCCACAUGCUCUUCAGUGAGUGCCACAUGCUCUCCAGUGAGUGCCACAUGCUCUCCAGUGAGUGCCACAUGCUCUUCAGUGAGUGCCACAUGCUCUCAAGUGAGUGCCACAUGCUCUCCAGUGAGUGCCACAUGCUCUCCAGUGAGUGCCACAUGCUCUUCAGUGAGUGCCACAUGCUCUCCAGUGAGUACCAGUUGCUCUUCAGUGAGUGCCACAUGCUCUCCAGUGAGUGCCACAUGCUCUUCAGUGAGUGCCACAUGCUCUUCAGUGAGUGCCACAUGCUCUUCAGUGAGUGCCACAUGCUCUUCAGUGAGUGCCACAUGCUCUUCAGUGAGUGCCACAUGCUCUUCAGUGAGUGCCACAUGCUCUUCAGUGAGUGCCACAUGCUCUUCAGUGAGUGCCACAUGCUCUUCAGUGAGUGCCACAUGCUCUCCAGUGAGUGCCACAUGCUCUUCAGUGAGUGCCACAUGCUCUCCAGUGAGUGCCACAUGCUCUUCAGUGAGUGCCACAUGCUCUUCAGUGAGUGCCACAUGCUCUUCAGUGAGUGCCACAUGCUCUCCAGUGAGUGCCACAUGCUCUUCAGUGAGUGCCACAUGCUCUCCAGUGAGUGCCACAUGCUCUUCAGUGAGUGCCACAUGCUCUCCAGUGAGUGCCACAUGCUCUUCAGUGAGUGCCACAUGCUCUCCAGUGAGUGCCACAUGCUCUUCAGUGAGUGCCACAUGCUCUCCAGUGAGUGCCACAUGCUCUUCAGUGAGUGCCACAUGCUCUCCAGUGAGUGCCACAUGCUCUUCAGUGAGUGCCACAUGCUCUCCAGUGAGUGCCACAUGCUCUCCAGUGAGUGCCACAUGCUCUCCAGUGAGUGCCACAUGCUCUCAAGUGAGUGCCACAUGCUCUCCAGUGAGUGCCACAUGCUCUCCAGUGAGUGCCACAUGCUCUUCAGUGAGUGCCACAUGCUCUCCAGUGAGUACCAGUUGCUCUUCAGUGAGUGCCACAUGCUCUCCAGUGAGUGCCACAUGCUCUUCAGUGAGUGCCACAUGCUCCUCCUCCUCCUCCUCCUCCUCCUCCUCCUCCUCCUCCUCCUCCUCCUCCUCCUCCUCCUCCUCCUCCUCCUCCUCCUCCUCCUCCUCCUCCACCUGCCCCCUUGCCCCCUUGCCUCUCCACUGCUCUUCAUUGCCACAACCCUUAUCCACCCUAUUUUCUCCCGCCCCUUCCUGUUUCUGAGGCCCUGCCUCUUUACUACUCUCCACUUCAACAACCCGUAUUCCCCCUACUUCUUCCUCCCCCCCCGUCCCAUGCCCACCAAACCUCUCCUCUCGGCAGUUCCUGAGUUGAAGGAAGCUGCCCGGAACAUGCCCCAAGCAGGCCCGUCGGGGCUGCUGGCAGCGCCACCGGUGAAGCAGCCCCAAGAGCAACAGAUCAAGCUCUUCCCCGUCUACCGUGUUUUGAUUCCUGAGUUGAGAGAAGCUGCCAGGAACGUUCCCCAAGCAGGCCCAUCGGGGCUGCUGGCAGCACCACCAGUGAAGCAGCCCUGGGAGCAACAAAUCAAGCUCUUCCCCGUCUACCGUAACGCCUCCGCUGCCGCCGCCGCCGCCGCCGCCGCCGCUGCUGCUGGCGGUGGUGCUGGUGGGGAUGCUGUGUUUGGUUCCAGUGCUGGUGGGGUUGCAGGGGCGACAGAGGGUGACUUGGGCCGGUCCAUCGGAGGGCUUAUUGUAGCGACACUGAACACGCCUGACAUGUGCGCUCCGGUCUUCAAGACGCACCACCCGCUGACAGGAGCUGCGGUGGGGAGAGUGUUUGACUAUACACGCGGCGAGCGGCGGCUGGUGUACACGGGGUGCCCGCAUGGAGUCGCGUGCAACAGCAAUGGCACAGCGGACGGCACGGCGGGCGGCACGUACUUUGCAGAGACCCGCCUGCUGGACCUUGGGAACUCCGUUGGUGUUUUCGAGCUGGAAUACGACACCCCGUCUGUAUCCUACCUGUGGCCAUCCCUAUGGGCGCUCUUUGUGCUCGUGGUCUACUCGCUGCUGGCUCUGGCCGUGUGGGCCAUCUGCUGCCACCUCGUGCGUCUGGAGCGAGACUACCAGCGCAUGCAGCGCCUCAAAGACCGCAUGAAGGCAGCAAAGCUGGUUGCGGAACAUGCCGCCAAGGCCAAGAGCAACUUCCUGGCUGUCAUGAGCCACGAGCUGCGCACGCCACUGAAUGCAGUCAUUGGUAAGUGCUUUUUGUUUGAACGUGCUGUUAGUGGUGGUGGUGGUGGUGGUGGUGGUGGUGGUGGUGGUGGUGGUGGUGGUGGUGGUGGUGGUGGUGGUGGUGGUGGUGGUGGUGGUGGUGGUGGUGGUGGUGGUGGUGGUGGUGGUGGUGGUGGUGGUGGUGGUGGUGGUGGUGGUGGUGGUGGUGGUGGUGGUGGUGGUGGUGGUGGUGGUGGUGGUGGUGGUGGUGGUGGUGGUGGUGGUGGUGGUGGUGGUGGUGGUGGUGGUGGUGGUGGUGGUGGUGGUGGUGGUGGUGGUGGUGGUGGUGGUGGUGGUGGUGGUGGUGGUGGUGGUGGUGGUGGUGGUGGUGGUGGUGUGGUGGUGGUGGUGGUGGUGGUGGUGGUGGUGGUGGUGGUGGUGGUGGUGGUGGUGGUGGUGGUGGUGGUGGUGGUGGUGGUGGUGGUGGCCGCCAAGCUCGUGGCGGAGCAUGCUGCCAAGGCCAAGAGCAACUUGUUGGCUGUCAUGAGCCAUGAGCUGCGCACGCCCCUCAAUGCAGUUAUUGGCAUGAUGAAUCUGCUGGUGGACACGCCACUGGAUGCCACUCAGCUGGACUACGCCGAAACGGCUCGCACCAGCGGACGGGCACUCGUUUCUCUUAUCAACGACAUCCUUGACUUGUCAAAGAUCGAGGCCAACCGCAUGGUGCUGGAGAGAGCUCCUUUGGACAUCAAGAGGGAUGUGGACGAGGUGCUGACCAUGUUUGUGAAGCGAUUAAUGCAUGUGUGCGUGCGUGUUUGUCCAUGUACUCACACACACCCCCCUUUCCCAGGCCAAUCGUACGGUGCUGGAAAAGGCGCCUCUAGACAUCCGGAGGGACGUGAACCAUGUUUUUCUGCCACCGCCCAAACCCAUCACCCCCAGGCCAACCGCAUGGUGCUGGAGAAAGCGCCUCUGGAUACCCGGAGGGAUGUGGACGAGGCCAAUCGCAUGGUGCUGGAAAAGGUGCCUUUGGAUAUCCGGAGGGAUGUAGACGAGGUGCUGACCAUGUUUGUGGAGCGAUUCAGAGAGAAGCCGCAAGUGGAGGUGGCGGCUUAUGUCGACCCCUCCGUGCCGCAGCUCGUUCUGGGGGACUCACUCAGGCUCCGGCAGGUGCUGAUAAAUGUGCUGUCCAACGCGUGCAAGUUCACCGAACGUGGACACAUCCUGGUGUGUGUGCGCACGGCGCCCUUCACAGAGGACAUCCGGCGAGUCAUUGUGCUCAAAGGCAUUGCCAAGCGCAUGCCCACAUGUGCUCCCCCUGCUGCUGCUGCCGCCGCUGCCGGUGGUGGUGGUGGUGCUGCUGCUACAGCCGCCGCCACUGCAGCAGCAGCAGCAGGGGCAAGGGCAGUAGAAACAGGCGGAACUGUGUGUGAUUCCAGGGCUGCAGGGCAGGCGGAGCAGCAGAGGUCAGCAGGGCAGGCGGAGCAGCAGAGGUCAGCAGGGCAGGCGGAGCAGCAGAGGUCAGCAGGGCAGGCGGAGCAGCAAAGGUCCGCAGGACAGGUCGUGCCUCUGCCCUCCCCCAGCCUCCAAACCAGCAGCCCCACAUUCAAACUCGGCGCCUCACCCAAUGGGAACCCCCCGGCCUAUCAGAGCGCGACAGGUGGCAGGGCGGUGGGGAGGGAGGAGUGGUUGGGAUGUGCUGGGGCCGGUGGUGGGUGGCAGACGUCCAUAGAAUGGUCCCCUGUGAUGGUGGGGAGCAGUAAGGGGAGCACGAGGGUGGUUGGGAGAGGGGAUGGGAGGGAAGGGGAGAGGAGGGUGAUGAGCCGGGGAGGAACUGGAAGCUCUGUGCAGUUUGAGAGGCUUGGAGAGGGGUAUAGAGGCAGUGCUUCUAUUGGUGGUGGUGGUGGUGGUGGUGGCAGCGGUGGUGGUGGUGGUGGUGGUGGUGGUGGUGGUGGUGGUGGUGGUGGUGGUGGUGGUGGUGGUGGUGGUGGUGUUGGUGGUGGUGGUGGGGGUGGUGGCGGUGGUGCAGGAGCAGCAGGAGGAGCAGUAGCAGCAGGAGGAGGAGCAGCAGCAGCAGGAGGAGCAGCAGGAGGAGCAGCAGGAGCAACAGGAGGAGCAGCAGGAGGAGCAGCAGGAGGCGCAGCAGGAGGCACAGCAGGAGGCAUGUACCCAUCACUGGCAGCAGGCACAACACUGAGUGGGCUGGAAGCAGUCGACUCGUGCAACAGCUGGGCCACCAUCUGUGCCCUGCGCGCCCAAGCCAAAGCCGCCACUGCCCACCAGCGCGCGCACCUCACUCCCUCUCCUUCUGCUGCUGCCUCUGUUGCUGUUGGUGCUGCCUCUGCUCCUGCAGGUGCUGGUGCCAGUGCUGCCGCCAGUACCGCCACCUCCGGCCCUGGUGCCACCGCUGGUAACCACAGCGCCGCAGCGGUAACCGUCCUGCAGAAGAGCGUGCGGCUGGUGAUUUCCGUAGAGGACACGGGCGUGGGGAUACCGUACGGGGUGCAGCGGCACAUUUUCAAGCCAUUCGUCCAGGCAGACGCCUCCAACACGCGCACGCACGGCGGCACGGGGAUUGGUCUUGCCAUCUCCCGCCAGCUAGUGAAGCUCAUGGGCGGGCAGCUGACGUUUUCCAGCCGCCCGGGGGUUGGCACGACGUUUUAUUUUGACAUUGUGGUGCCGUGUGCGAGUGCGGCGGAGGAUGCGGAUGCGAAUGCGGCGGUUACCACCCCGCACGGCCGCGACGGGAUGGGGGUCUUUCAGGGUUACUGGGGCGCUGCAGGCGCUGCUGCCGGUGCUGCUGGUGCUGCUGGUGCUGCUGGUGCUGCUGGUGCUGCUGGUGCUGCUGGUGCUGCUGGUGCUGCUGGUGCUGCUGGUGCUGCUGGUGCUGCCGGUGCUGCUGGUGCUGCUGGUGCUGCUGGUGCUGCUGGUGCUGCUGGUGCUGCCGGUGCUGCUGGUGCUGCUGGUGCGGGUGCGAAUGGGGGGAUUGAAGGCAACGUGGGGCAAUCGGCUGUGGAGCUUCAGAUGGGGUUCGACCGGAAUGCGUCAGCCAAGGAUGUGCAAGCUCUGGCUGAUCUGGCUAGGGAGUCGGGCCACGGGGCCGACUGGCACAGGCAGCUGCGGCCGGGGUGCCGCGACGGGCAGUUCCGAAAUGUUUCGGCGCGCGUUUUGGACGGGAAUGCGUGGGACGCGGCGAUUCUGGUGACACAGGAGAGGGUGGAGGAGGGCGAGGCCAGGAGGAGGGGCUUUGAUGCAGUGCUGGUGAAGCCGGUGAGGUACGCUGCUCUCAUGGGGUGUCUGGCUCAGGUUAUGGACCGUAGCGGGGGUGGUGGUGGUGCUGCUGCUGCUGCUGAUGGUGGUGGUGCUGAUGGUAGUGGUGGUGUUGGUGUUGGUGGUAGUGCUGCUGAUGCUGCUGCAGCCAGUUACGCCCCCUGUUUCGAUAGGAUAGACCGGCACGGCUACCGGCACACGCAGCAGCAGCAGCAGCAGCAGCAGCAGCAGCAGCAGGUGGAUGGAAGCAUGCCUGGCUCGGCCAGUGCAGGCUCGGCCAUGCCUGGCUCGGCCAGUAUUGGCUCGGCCGUGCCUGGUUCGGCCAGUGCUGCAGAGGAGGAGAGUGAGAGUGAAAUCGUGCCCUUCAGUGGCCGCAUGGGCCUCGUGCAAGGCGAGGGUGGGGUGGGGAGGGAGGAAGCAGAUGCAGAGGGAGUGGUGUGGCCGAUAGGCCGAGACAGCCGAACCACCUCUGCUUCCCGUGCUGCUCUCGCUGCUGUUGUGGGAGGAGGAGCAGGGAGUAAUAAGCAGCAGCAGCAGCAGCAGCAGCAGCAGCAGCAGAAGCCCAAGUCUGCGAGUUUUCAGAUGCUGCAAGAGGCGUUGCAGGGCAUGUCACUGCUGGUGGUAUGUUCUCCCUCCCAACCAACCCUUUUCAGGGUUGUGAGAUCACUGUUCACUGCCGCUCCUCUCUCUCUCUCUCUCUCUCUCUCUCUCUCUCUCUCUCUCUCUCUCUCUCUCUCUCUCUCUCUCUCUCUCUCUCUCUCUCUCUCUCUCUCUCUUCCCUCCAUCCCUCCCCUCCCCACACAGGUCGACGACAAUCCGGUGAAUUGCAAGGUGGAUGACAAUCUAGUGAACCGCAAGGUGGAUGACAAUCUAGUGAACCGCAAGGUGAUAGGGCGCAUGCUGCAGCGGUAUGGCGUGGGGGUGGAGAUGGUGGAUGGCGGCCGCAAGGCCAUUGAGAGGCUCGUCUCGGGCGGGUGGGACAUCGACUGCGUUCUCAUGGACGUGCAGAUGCCGGAGAUGGACGGGUGCGAAGCAACAGCUGCAAUCAGGAAGCUGGAAGGGGAGAGGCGGAUGGAGAGAGAAGAGCAGGCACAGAGGGCAGAAAGGGCAGAGAGGGAGGAGAGGGAGGAGGGGGAAAACGGGGCAGAGAGGGAGAGAGAGUGUGAGAGAGAGGCUCUACUGCAGAACGAACAAGUGAGGGCUGGCUUUCCCCUUUUUGCACAGGACGUGUCAGCAGCAGGCUCAGCAGCAGCAGCAGCAGCAGCAGCAGCAGCAGCAGCAGCAGCAGACUUGUCAGCAGCAGCAGCGGCAGCGGCAGAAAGCACGAAAAGAGCUCUUCCUAAGCCACCCACCCCCGCCAGAACCCCAUCUCCUCUGCACCCUCGGAAGUCCCCACCGCAAGCCCCAACACACAUGCGCUCGCCCUCGUUCCAAGGCCCCACCUCCGCCUCCCCGUUGCAGCUCCUCAAAAGCAACCGGCACCGGCGGCAUGUGAGCAGCGGGGACCUGGAUGGCCUGGGGGUGGGGGUGGGUGCCUGUGCACCCUCUCAGGCUGGAGUGCAAUCUGGGGUUCUCCUAGGCUCUCCUGCAAAGCUGGGGUUCUGCCCGUCUGUGACGGCUGGUGGGGAGUCUGUAGCAGUGCACAGCCAGUCUUCCAAGUCUGGGCAGUUUGCAGCGGUGAAGCACAACCCUGCACUGCAGUCUAGGUCAACUGCAGCAGUCUGCCUAAAAGUUGAGCAAUCAGCGGCAGCAGCGCAUACCCCGGCACGGGGCAGUGUAGCAAGGCCUAGAGCAGUGGCUGUAGGCUCUAUGGAAGGGCCGCAGGGGGAGGUGAGACCUGGGACGAGUACUCCCAAGGGAGGGGUGUUUUCUAAGUGGGUGGAGCUGACUAGUCCCACCUGGGGUAGGCAGCAGGUUUUGGAGCAGCAGCCGCUUCUGGAAGAGGAGGGGAAGAAGGGAGAGGGAGGAGUGACGAAGAGGGGGAGCCAGAUUCAGCAGGGGAACGAGCAACACCAGCAAAGGCAGGUUGUGCAGCAGCAGCAGCAGCAGCAGCAGCAGCAGCAGCAGCAGAGGCGAGUUCGAGAUAUGGAUAGGGUGUUGAUAUUUGCGCUGACUGCGGAUAUUGGAGCGGGAACGAGGGAGCGGUGCACGCAGGUGGGCAUGGAUGGGUACAUGACAAAGCCUGUGGAGGAGGAGCAGCUGUGCCGAGUGAUGCUCGGUCCCCUCAGAUUACGGAAGCAAAUGAAAAUGGGAGCAGCAUCUGAUGAAGAGUAG